AUUUUUAUUUGUUUCUGGAUUGAAAUAAUGGUGAAUACGCUGCUGGCCACGUUACUAAUCCAGGUAGUGGCUGCUGUUGUUGUUGCUGUUGUGUCAGCUACAAAUGAUACAAACUUGUUUGCCAAAUCCCAUUGGACGCAUCGCGAGGAGCUGCUGGAGGAAUAUGGCAAAUUCAUGCUGUCCACCAUGAAUCGGAGCGUCGAUCCUUGCGAGAAUUUCUAUGAGUAUGCGUGUGGCAACUGGAAGGAAUCGCCUCUACUGCGGCCAGAGCAACGCAACACGAGUCUACUGCAGGGCAUACAAACGGUAAUCGACGAACAGGUGUUGCAAUUUCUACAGAAUGCCACAGAGCUGCCCCGCAAUCUGACCUCAAGUUCGGAAUGGAAAGCUAAAGAGUUUUAUGCUAGUUGCGUACAAAUGAAAUCCGAUCUAUCGCCGGGAUAUCGAAGAUUUAUGGAGCUGGAAGAUCGUUUUCAGCAAUCAAACUUUACUAAAGAUUGGAUUUAUGUGAAUUUCAUGUCGAACUAUGAGAUAUUUCCGUUGCUGCCACUGAAAGUCAAUUACAAUCCGGCCCUGAGAAAAUUCAUCAUCCUACUCCAGGCUCCGACUAAAUUGCUCUCGAAAUAUACGCAGGAUCACUUGCAGAAUAUGACAAAAGAUUUUCAUAUCGAGGAUGAAGUAAAACGUCGCGAAUUUCUCGAUAAUUUUGCAAAUUUAACGCAAUUCGAGAAAAAUCUCACGCAGUUGGUGAAAACUCGCAAUGAAACAGAGAAAUUGACGUUGGGCGAAUUUCUGCUGAAGCAUAAGGAGGAUCGUUUGAACUGGACUCGAUAUUUUGAGGUGGCAUUCAAUGGGACGCAGCAAUCGCAUUGGAUAGUGCAAAAUCAAUUGGAAUCUGUGGGAGAUUUGGUGCAUUUUCUGGAGCACCAAAAUCUUACGCUACUGCGCUCGUAUGUGAAACAACGCGUGCUGCUGAAAUUCUACGAUGUGUGGAAGACGCAGAGUUUGAGAAAUUCCAGCAUAGCGUACUCCUGUCGCAUGAUCACCGAGUCGUAUUACAACUAUGCACUGCUGCCCUGGUUUAUUGAGCGCGUCUUCGACAAGGAUCGUCGGGCAGAUGUCCUGCAGCUGGCGCUCCAUAUACGUGACACCUUCUAUGAGCUGUUGGAGCAAUAUACGUGGCUGGAUGAGGAGACACGCUCGCAGGCGAAAACGAAGCUAUCCUCGAUGGAUGUUUUCGUCGGCUACAGCGAUGAUCUGCAGCAUCGCGAACUGAUCGAUGAGGCCUACAAGGAGGUGAAUAUGACCCAGGAUUUCUUCGAAAAUGUUGCAGAGCUCGAACGGAACAGGGCCAGGGUGCGAAUGCGUUCAGUGGACAAGGCGCUAAUUCCACAGCUGAUGCCCACGCGAACAGUGAACGCCUACUAUGCGGACUUUCUCAAUCAGGCCUUCAUCACGAUCGGCAUGUCCCAGUGGCCGCUCUAUCACAUGCAACUGCCCGAUGUGCUCAAGUUUGCCGGCAUUGGCAAUAUAGUGGGCCAUGAGAUGGCGCAUGGAUUCGACUCGUACUGCUAUCAGUUCAACUACGAUGGCAAGAAGAUCAAUUGGUGGUCGGCAGGCUCGUUGCGUAACUUCAAGGAGCGCUAUCGCUGUCUGGAAUCGCAGUAUAACAAAUACUUGCUACUCGGCAUGGCGACCAAUGGCACUUUGACCUCGGGCGAUAAUAUUGCUGAUAAUGUGGGCGCACGCAUGGCCUACUAUGCCUAUAAGAAGCAUACCAACAAUAAAGCAUGGCAGGAGAAGCCGCUGCGUGGCAUCGAGUACAAUAAUAAGCAGCUCUUCUUCCUGAAGUUCGCUCAGACCUGGUGCACGGGCAGCGACAACGCGUACAAGCUGAAAAGACUCAAAACGGAUGCCCAUGCCAGCGAGGAGUUCCGAGUCGUGGGCACUUUGAGUAAUAUGCCCGAGUUUAGCGAGGCUUUCAACUGCAAACUGGGCACCGACAUGAAUCCGCUAAAGAAAUGUGUCGUUUGGUAAAUAAAAUGAAAUCAUUGG